CAUAACCCACAUGGAGGAGCAGCUGUAUGCGCGCAUCUGUGCGUUCUCCUGAAAUCUGUUCAGGCGUUCAGGUUGAGCUAGAGCUUGAAGCAACACGGGAAUUUAAUGUGAAAAGUCUGUUUUGUUUUUACUGUAGUUUUUCACAGCUUUAAGUCAGGCGGCGGGCAGGCAGACAGAAAGCGCACAACUUCGUUAAGAGUCUCAGACGCGCUUCUUAAGUUUGGAGAGGAGGGAGCGCGCUUCAGAUGGCUGCUCUCAUCAGCGCGUACUCGUCGUGGCCGGAGUCCUUCGACUGUCCUCCGGGAGACGGGGAUGUCCCUGACGCGCAUGUCUCGCACAGGACCCCCGUGGACAAGACGCCGGAGCCGCGGAUCAGGCGGCCCAUGAACGCGUUCAUGGUCUGGGCCAAAGACGAGCGCAAACGGCUGGCGGUUCAAAACCCAGACCUGCACAAUGCAGAGCUCAGCAAAAUGUUGGGAAAGUCGUGGAAAGCUCUGACUCCCCCACAGAAAAGGCCGUACGUGGAGGAAGCAGAGAGGCUCCGAGUGCAGCACAUGCAGGACUAUCCCAACUACAAGUAUCGUCCCCGCAGGAAGAAACAGCUAAAACGCAUCUGCAAGAGAGUGGACCCCGGUUUUCUCCUGAGUGGGCUGGCUCCCGACCACGUCUCCCUGCCUGAGCAGCGGGCCCUCAGUCACCCGCUGGACAAAGACGAGGGCAGCUCUAAUGGAGUCGGCGGCGCCUUCUCGGGCUCCAGCCCCGCUCUGCCCAGCGUGAGAACCUUCAGAGAGCCUGCUGGCUCCAGCAGCAGCUUUGACACCUACCCCUACGGCCUGCCCACACCUCCUGAGAUGUCCCCCUUAGAUGCCAUGGACCACGAGCAUAUGCCCCCGACCUAUUACUCAACGUCCGGUAGCUCUUCAGUCUCCUGCUCGUCCACGGUGUCCUGUCCAGAUGAACACCACCAGAGCCAGACGCACAUGGGCAGCCCACCUCCUUACCACACCGACUACACACAGAACCAUAUCCACUGUGGGAGCGCACACUUAGGUCAUAUUCCUCACAUACCCCAAACCGGAGGCAGCGGUGGACUGAUCCCUGGCCCGCCCCUGUCCUACUACAGCUCCUCGUCUUUCCCGCCAAUUCACCAUGGGCACCACCAGGGUCACCUGGGUCAACUUUCCCCCCCACCAGAGACUCAGGGUCACCUGGAGACUUUGGACCAGCUUAGUCAAGCCGAGCUUCUGGGCGAGGUGGAUCGUAACGAGUUCGACCAGUACCUGAACUCCACUGGAGGUGGUUUCCACCCUGAACAAGCCAGUGGCAUGACUGUGACUGGACACAUCCAGGUGGCAUCGACUACCGCCACCUCCGCCUCGGCGUGUCCCAGCAGCACCACAGAAACUAGCCUAAUUUCCGUGCUCGCAGAUGCAACGGCGGCCUACUACAACAACUAUGGCAUCUCAUAAGCCCGCUGGUUCACUUACAGACAUAAGACUGAUAAAAAAUACAGAUUGUAGAGACAGUUUCAAAGAUGAAGGACAAUGUUGCAGUUUUUAGCAUCUACGAGCAACUUCCUCCUUUCCUAAAAAAAAAAAAAAAAACUGAACUGAUUACUGAGCAAUAUGUUUGUCUGGAGCCGGGUGUGAACAACAAGCAGUCUGAGACACGUGAAGAUACGGAGAUGGACACCUCAGGGACACAGACACAGACUACUAUAGAACGCCACCUCCAGUUGCUAGGAAAUUUCAAACUUUUAGUGCAACAAUCGUAAAAAAAAAAAAAGCUUGUUUAUUCACCAGUUAAUGUAGCUGCGGAGGCAUGUACAGAUGCUCUUUAGAAGCUAAUUUAAGUCUGUUGAUGUUUUUUGUUGCAUAAUUGUAACGCUGUUAUCUAUACUUUUUCCAUUUUGAAUGUUGCCUUUUGUUUUGUCACUCUCAUCAGUUUGGGAGUUUUACCUCAAUAGUUGUAAUUGAAAAAAAUGGUUUUAGCGGAACAUUUCUUAUGCAAUUCAAUUAAGUGGUGUAUAAUGAAGAACGGAAGGCAUAUUUUAACAACUUCUCUAGUACUAUAGUCAUAUAGUCAACGUCUUCAUUGAAAGAUGAUGGUAAAUUUAAGUGUAUGCUAAUUUAGAUUAAUGGAAGACUAUGAAAAUUUGAUUUUUAUAUCAUGACAAUACCACUAGAGAACAAACCUUGUUCAUUGUUAUUUAAAGAAAAUACUGGAAAUAACUGAUAUAUACUGAAAUGCUGCCACAUAGAUUGACUAGAUGCCUAGAAUAAAAAAAAAUAAAACAAUAAAACAUUA